CUCGAUUGCCCACUCCUCCCUGAGGGAGAGGCAGCAUGGAAAGUGGAAAUACAGUUCACUCAGAGGCCGCUCCCGUGCUGCUGCGCAACAGAGCGGCAAGGAAGGCCGAGGAAGAGCUUCCUGAUACAGAGGGACGGGUUACAGGACCCACCGGCAGGGCGAUAACAAGCCCUUUCUUCUGGUUUCCUCCCUGGGAGUCAAGGGAGUUUGAAAGGCAGGAGGCAAAGACCUCUCGGAGCAGAACUCCCGGUGUCCGGGCGCGGGUUUCAGGGCUCGCUGCUGGGUGAUCGGGAUGGCUGAGAGAUGACGCCCCUUUCGGCCGGCGCCUUGGUCUUCGGUCCCCGUUCGGCAAAGACCCCUGGGCUUGGGAGGACCCCGUGAGCCCCUGGCUGUAGAAUGGGCAAUGCUGCCGACAGACAGAAGGCCCGGAAGCGAAGCCGGCUGUGCCCCUGGAAACCAGACUCUCAACGUUCCCAUCUCUCCUCCUUCACCAUGAAGCUCAAGGACAAAUUCCACUCGCCCAAAAUCAAGCGAACACCGUCCAAGAAGGGAAAACCAGCUGAGGUGUCGGUGAAAAUCCCGGAGAAGCCUGUGAACAAAGAGGCAACAGACAGAUUUCUACCAGAGGGCUACCCUCUCCCCUUGGAUCUGGAGCAGCAGGCAGUAGAGUUUAUGUCCACCAGUGCUGUGGCUUCCAGGUCUCAAAGGCAGAAGAACCUGAGCUGGCUGGAAGAGAAAGAGAAGGAGGUGGUUAGUGCCUUGCGCUACUUUAAGACCAUUGUGGACAAAAUGGCUAUUGACAAGAAGGUACUCGAGAUGCUUCCGGGGUCGGCCAGCAAGGUGCUGGAGGCCAUCUUACCCCUGGUGCAGAGCGAUCCUCGGAUUCAGCACAGCUCAGCCCUCUCCUCCUGCUACAGCCGCGUGUACCAGAGUCUUGCCAACCUCAUCCGUUGGUCUGACCAAGUGAUGCUGGAAGGCGUGAACUCGGAAGAUAAGGAGAUGGUCACGACGGUGAAAGGGGUCAUCAAGGCCGUGCUGGACGGAGUGAAGGAGCUGGUCAGACUUACCAUCGAGAAGCAGGGGCAUCCGUCUCCAACCAGCCCAGUGAAACCCAGUUCCCCAGCCUGCAGACCCGACGGCCAGUCUGAGGUCCCCCUGACAGACCGGGAGAUGGAGAUUCUGAACAAGACAAGUGGCCUGUCCCAGUCGGCUGAGCUGCCUCCAGACUCCACGGAUGAAGAGGUCGCGCCCCCCAAGCCCCCCUUACCUGGCAUCCGGGUGGUUGAUAAUAGUCCUCCACCGGCAUUGCCACCGAAGAAAAGACAGUCCGCUCCAUCCCCGACCCGAGUGGCUGUCGUGGCCCCCAUGAGUCGGGCCACCAGUGGUUCCAGUUUGCCCGUUGGAAUUAAUAGGCAGGACUUUGACGUGGACUGUCACACGCAGAGGCGGCUGUCGGGCGGCAGCCACUCGUACGGCGGGGAGUCGCCGCGCCUGUCCCCCUGCAGCAGCAUGGGCAAGCUCAGCAAGUCGGACGAGCAGCUGUCCUCCCUGGACAGGGACAGCGGGCAGUGCUCCCGGAACACAAGCUGUGAAACACUAGAUCACUAUGACCCCGACUACGAAUUCCUCCAGCAAGACCUCUCUAAUGCAGACCAGAUACCUCAGCAAGUGGCCUGUCACCUUAGCCCGUUGCCGGAGUCCUUGGGAGAGUCUGGGCCUCCGUUCCUCGGCCAUCCCUUCCAGCCGCCUCCCGGUCCUGGCGUCUAUCCGCCGCCCGAGGGGCCCCCAGCCGCAGGGCUGCAGACGGACACGCCGCCCGCGCUGCCCGAGAAGAAGCGCCGGAGCGCGGCCUCCCAGACGGCCGAUGGCUCGGGCUGCAGGGCCUCCUACGAGCGCCACCCCUCGCAGUACGACAACAUCUCCGAGGACGACCUCCAGAACCCGGCCGCCGCCCCGCCCGGCCCCUUCACGCCCUUUGCUGCUAUUCUCCCCUUUCAGCAAGGAGGGUCCUCGGCCUCUGUCGAGUUUGUGGGCGAUUUCACUGUUCCUGAACCAUCGGGCGACCCCGAGAAACCACCGCCUCUACCGGAGAAGAAAAACAAGCACAUGCUGGCCUACAUGCAGCUGCUGGAGGACUACUCGGAGCCGCAGCCGUCCAUGUUCUACCAGACGCCGCAGAACGAGCACAUCUACCAGCAGAAGAACAAGCUCCUCAUGGAGGUGUACGGCUUCAACGACUCGUUCAGCUCCGAGGCCCCGCAGGAGCUGGCCCCGCCCCCCGCGCUGCCCCCCAAGCAGCGGCAGCUGCAGGCCUCCUAUGCUGCUUCUUCCUUCUCCUCUGUCUCCUACUGUGUCCAGCAAACUAAAGUGGCCUUCACCCCCGAGGACGGCAGUGCCACUCAGGGCAUCAGUGUGUCCGUCUCUAACUCCUUUCUCAGCCGGCACGGCACCUUGCCUGUGCCCUCGUAUAAAUCUGUGUUUAGGUCCUACUCCCAGGAUUUCGUGCCUCACAGCCAAGCUUCCGUUCAGCCUUUCCUCCCGUCUACCUCCUCUUCCUCUCCACACUUCCCGCCCGCCCACCAGUCCCAGAGCUCUGACCUGGCGGUGCGCGCCGCGGCCGGCCUGCCUGCCAGCACCGCGGACGGGCCCCUCUCGUCUUCUCGGGACAGCAGCUCUCGUGGGGACACUGUCUGCCUUCCUCCCGAAACCUCUCUCACUGACGCGCCCCCGACGCCUUCGGAAUCACCAGCUACGAAAGACGGACACCCCCGAGACCCCUCGUCGGGCAGCGGCGCACCUGGGAAGGAGAGCAGAGAUGGUGAAAGGGCCCCGAGGUCACCAGAUGCUUCGGAGUUGGCCCAGUCGGAGGAGGAAGUUGACGAGCUGUCCCUCAUCGACCAUAAUGAAAUUAUGGCAAGGCUGACUCUCAAGCAGGAGGGUGACGACGGGCCGGACGUCCGCGGCGGGUCCGGAGACAUCCUGCUGGUGCACGCCACUGAGACCGACAGGAAAGAUUUGGUGCUGUACUGCGAGGCCUUCCUGACCACCUACAGGACCUUCAUCACCCCGGAGGCACUCAUCAAGAAGCUGCAGUACCGGUACGAGAAGUUCUCUCCCUUCGCGGACACGUUCAAGAAGCGCGUCAGCAAGAACACGUUCUUCGUGCUGGUGCGGGUGGUGGAUGAACUCUGCCUAGUGGAGCUGACGGAAGAGAUCUUGAAGCUGCUGAUGGAACUGGUCUUCCGCUUGGUGUGCGGCGGGGAGCUCAGCCUGGCCCGCGUGCUCCGGAAGAACAUCCUGGACAAGGUGGACCAGAAGAAGCUGCUCAGGUGUGCCAACUCCGACCAGCCCCUGGCCGCCAGGGGGGUGGCCGCCAGGCCGGGGACGCUGCAUGACUUCCACAGCCACGAGAUAGCCGAGCAGCUGACUCUGCUGGACGCCGAGCUCUUUUAUAAAAUAGAGAUUCCUGAGGUUUUGCUUUGGGCAAAAGAGCAGAACGAGGAGAAGAGCCCCAACUUGACCCAGUUCACGGAGCAUUUCAACAACAUGUCCUACUGGGUCCGCUCCAUAAUCAUGUUACAAGAAAAAGCCCAGGACAGGGAGAGGCUGCUCUUGAAGUUCAUCAAGAUCAUGAAGCACCUACGGAAGCUGAACAACUUUAACUCCUACCUGGCCAUCCUCUCGGCCCUGGACUCGGCUCCCAUCCGCAGGCUAGAGUGGCAGAAGCAGACCUCGGAGGGCCUGGCCGAGUACUGCACGCUGAUCGACAGCUCGUCCUCCUUCCGUGCCUACCGGGCCGCCCUCUCCGAGGUGGAGCCCCCCUGCAUCCCGUACCUGGGCCUCAUCCUGCAGGACCUCACCUUCGUCCACCUGGGCAACCCGGACUACAUCGACGGGAAGGUGAACUUCUCCAAGCGCUGGCAGCAGUUCAACAUCCUGGACAGCAUGCGGCGCUUCCAGCAGGCGCACUAUGACAUCCGGAGAAAUGAUGACAUCAUCAACUUCUUCAACGACUUCAGCGACCACCUCGCGGAGGAGGCCCUGUGGGAACUGUCUCUGAAGAUCAAACCUCGGAACAUAACGAGGAGGAAAACAGACCGGGAGGAGAAGACCUAGACGCCGCCGCCGGGAGCGAGCGAGGAGAACGCUGCUCGAGGGCGGCCCCGACGGCAGCUCCGGGACCCGGAGGGACUUUGGACCUGGCCCCCAGCGGGCUGCACUCGGCCCGAGGCUGGGCGGGCACGGACGCCAGGCCCACAGCGGAGCUGGCAGGCAGGUCUCGUUGCUGAUUUGUGAGCCCGUGGUUUGGUUUUGGUUUCUGCUUUCACUUCUGUAUCCCCCUCCCCCUGCCGCCUGGGAGCCCCAGGAACUCUCUACCCCUCCCUGGGUCCUAGGGUCCCGGAGCUGUUGAAAUGACACACGAGUGAGGACCCUGGGGUGGGGGGCAGCGCUGGACUCCCAGUGACCUGGCGUGAGGGGAUGGUGCGGUUGGGUGGACUGAAAGCAGAGAAGACCCGGGGAGGCCCCUUCCAGCAGCCCCAGAGCUGGCGCUCCCAGCACCGGCCCUCACAAUGGUCCUCUGUCCGUCCCGUCCUCUCUCCUGUCACCUAGUCCUCUGAGGAGCUGGGUGAGUGGGUUUGGAGAGCGGAGGGGUGUUCCGUGCAGGGGAAGGCCUGCGGCCCCUCCGCUGUCGCUUGCUGUGUGCCUUAAACUCCAUCUCCUGCCCCGUGGGCUUCCCUCCCACCUACCUCCAUCUGGUGGGGCCAGGGUGCAUCAAGACCUGGGAGGGACGGGUGUCCCUGAGCGGACAGGGGCCACACGGCCACAGCGGUGGCUGACGGGCCAUGGCACCUACCCUGGGUGGCCCACCUCCUCCUCCGGGAGAACGUCUUCCCUGAUGGAAACUGCUCUCGCUGCUGAGGUUGACAGUCCGUGGCAGGUUUGCAGGGAGGUCCUGCACACAGCGGGGCCAUGCUCCGGGCUGCUGCCCCCACGUCCUGGUUUGCAUGGCUGAGCGCUCCUGGACUUGGUCAAGCAACCGCCAGGAUCUGACUUCUUAACCAGUCACUUUUGAGUCCUUCAUGGGUUUUGAACGGUCUUCUCCGCUCUCAUGUGUGGUCCUGUAUGUAGAGGAGAGAACAGCUAUGAAAUGCCAGUGACGUCCCCAUGGCCGCCAUCUGGCGGCGACAGCUGAGGGUGGGCUUGCUUCCCACUCUGACCCUUCACUGCAGUCCUGGCCUCCCCCUGCCCAGCCCUGCCGAUUGUGGUCUCUGCCUCACACACUGGUAAGGUGGGCGUCUGGGGUGCUGCCCUCCCCGCUCCUCCCGGAGCCCUGAGCAGUCGGGGCGACCCCGUGUGUGAGGACCACAGGGGCCAUGUGUGUUUAACUUAUUGGCCAACGGCUUCCCACCCGGCACCCCCUUGAGGCGCCCUCAGGGAGUUGCCAGCCCUGGGCUCGGACUUCUGUCCUGGGGACGAGAGUGGGGCUGGCGGAAGGGCAGGCACACGCCAGCCCGGAACGACCCCAGCCCUUCAGAAGCCCCUCCCCCCACGUUCCGUUGUAAGAUACGCAUCCGCCCCCACUAACCUGGCUGACCACGCCAUCUUCCUGCAGACAUUUCAAACCUGUAACUUUUAUAUGAAAGGAAAAUAAACACAGAUGAAAGCUGCGUCCCAGUGA